AUGGAUCAAUUGUCUCUGGUGGCGAAACACUGCGCGGACUCUGGACACACUUUCGCCUUUCAGAACGCCAAAAUUCUGGGUCGAGGCAAUGACCGCGUAGCCAGAGAAACGAUCGAGGCCUCGCACACGGAGACAACCUCAAUAAACCGUUGUGUGGCCCCUCCGACAGCCUACCAAGCCCUCCGGACGCAACUCAACGAACUAACGAGCAAGCGCGAAGUCAGGCCGGACGUGAAUCCGAACACGGGAGAGCCUACGACGGACCUACACGUAGCCACACCGCAAAUCGGGCCCGACGAAGGCGCAGUCAUCAAUACUGUUGCCUCAACUACUACUCCGGCAGACGGGGCGAAACGCGGUCAGAGGGAUGCAAUCAAGACUAGCAACCCAGCACGACACUUAAGGUCAACGCGAAUGCGGGCGAUGGCCACCAACGUUCAAAUGUCGCCCCCGCCCCGACGAGAGACAGGCAGAUUGACAACAGUCACCCUCCCUCCCGCUCUGCCCCGGCGACUACAGAGACGAUCCCUGUGAGUAUGCGGACCAUUAGCGCCAAAGCCGAUUAACCACUCCCCCCGUAUAAUUACCGCCGUGUUAGCAUGACUGAUAUCUACCCCCCCCCUUCCUAUAAAUACUGUGUGAUGCCGUACGAUACUCACCUCCGACGAUGAAAGCUGGUCUGCUUUUGAAACGUCAGUACAAUACAAUCAUGGUCCCCGAGAUAGCCUCUUUUUCUCAUAUAUUAAUAUAUAUCAGAGGGCAGACGACAGUCUGGGGGUUGAUUUAUACAGAACUGUUUCGGGCUUAUUUGCCUUCAUCCAGCCAACCAUAACCCUGACCACCGGCUGGGACCGGAAACACGCACGUGCGCACAGACACACCUGGCGCAGCUGGUCCACCACUGGGGUCUACCAGAUGGGUCAUAAGCACUUCAUCGAACCGAAGUCCAUCGGUGCAUCGCCACGUGUCAUGCUCUGUCGCUGCAGAUCGGGCAUUUAUUCAAUCAGGAAUGGGUGUACACCGAUCCAUUGGCUUCCCGAAUCAAACAAGCUUCCUGAGUUAAAAAUAUCCGAUCUGCAGCGACAGAGAAUGGCAGGUGGCGGGACACCGAUGAACCUCGGUAUUAUGCCGUACUCCGACAUAGAUACUAACUAGAAGCCGAGAUACGUGUUUCGCCGACAUUCUGCCGCUGCGUGACACAGCUGCGAGGCGUUUGGCUCUUCAGGUAAGUGUUUGACCCUCACUGUUGUGGUUAGGAUCUCAAUCGAUCCCGUUCUGUCCGUCCGCCAGCUUGCUGCCGACGACAACAAACGUUAUGUCAUAGGACACAUACCACAUAUAACACAUAAGCAACUCAUUAAGAGUGCAACAGGCUAGUCGCAGACAGCUAUUUCACGGUCGUUACCGAUCUUCAGUACGUCAUGGGCAAUAUGAAGUGAGGUAUAUAUACGCUUCAUAUGGCCUACGACGUGCUGAUGCUCGGUAACGACCGUAAAAAGCUGGCUGCAUCUGGCCCCUUGCACUCUUAAUGAGCUGCCUAUAUAUUAUUUAUAUGUAUUGAAUUCUACGCGCUCUUCUGUCACACGUCGCCGAUGAUACAAUCAGGACAUGUAUCUUAAAUUAUUUGUACGGAGCGCCACCUUAUUUAACGCCAGAUUCGCACGGCAAACUUAGUUGUAAACACAUGAAACAUGCGUCGUCAUAGAAAUGACUCACCGGUGUCAAGAAUUUUACAACGUUCUGGCGGAGUCACCUUAUGGUUUAUAGUAUAUUCCCGAUGGGACACGCUUGAAAUUCCCCUUAGUGACUUACAGCGAUGCGUAAUUCAAAAAAGUCAUUAAGUCUGGGCAAGGCAUUUCAUAUUUAUACAGGCACAGUAGAGCCGUUUUGACCAGAAAUAAUGAAUGAAAUUGUCAAGUCGGAGACCGGGAUACAAGGUCCGAGGACUUGUGUGAGGUUGCACCAAGUGAACCUAAGGCAAAAGAUCAGAAAAACAUUCCUGCGAUUUGCAGAGUAGUUUUAAUAUUUAUGGGUUGGACAAUGGGGGACUCGGCAUUAUGUACGUUUAUGUAUGGGUGCCCCAUACAACGGGUCACACGGUACAUGCGCUGGACCAACACGGAAGCCGUACCAUGGCCCAGCACGCGUUAUCGGGCUGCGCGUUCAUAACGAAUGCCGUACAUGAGGGGGAGCGUGUGGUGGCACAAUUGGGCGCAUGCUCAGGUCACGUCAGACACUAGCGUCCUUUUCCGCCUCUGGUCGUCUUGACUCUCUCUUGACGCUUGGUUCAGGAGGGUGAGGGUAGAAAGAGUGCGGUAGAUGCAGCGCAAGUCUACCAUCAUUAUGAACUAAUUCACACGCAAGUCAUCGUCCUUACGCUCGCCAUGCUGCGAGGCAUAUGAUGGAUAUCGUCAGAAACGAUGAUCGAAUCGUCGUCCCUUUUCAAGCUGAGACUACUAAAGAAAUGAGGCCUGACGAGGAGUACUACCUCUGAUAGUCUACGAGGUACAAUCUGAGUAACCCAGGUAUGCAACAUUGGCUAGAUGAUGACGGUCAGGCAAGUCGUAACACUGGUGGGAUAGAGGAAUGCUUACCCUGACGGGCGGUGGACUAAGCCGACGAAUCAGCUGUGGGAUCCAACCGCUGGGAAGGCUGAAAAGGCGUUAUACUUAGUAUCCGCAGCCAUGAAAGUUCCUGUUUAAUACGGCAGUCUGUGAUCGAGCUUCUGGGACCGGCAGAAUGACUUCGCUCAUGUUCCAGUGAUAUGGCUCCUCCAAAUUAAAAUCCCACGGAACAGAAUUUGUCCAACAACUCUAAAUCCAAACGCGAAGAAGGCAGCAACUAAAAGUCGGAUAUUAUCACUGACCCUCAAUUGACCGACUGUGGACUUGUGCAUCUGUGGUGACCGGGCCGCCGUAUCUCAAAAUCAACGUUCUACGCUUUCAGGCUAUUCAGAGGGGAAGGGGGAGGUCUCACAAGCAUUGAACUGUUCUAACUCUACAGCCUAUCAUUCCGUUGCUGGCAGUUCGGCAUUUUAUGGAGGCCACAAGUUUGCGAAAAAGAGAAGAGAUUUGCCCUCAAGAUCCGGUGUAUAGCCAUAACGACGAACGAUCAACGAAACAGUUUUCCUGACAGAGCAAGGGAGACCAGCAUGAUCAGUUACAGCUUACUUACUGGUUUCACCCAACCUCGAUCUUAAGGGAUCCGUUGUUCAUUGUGCAUUUUAUGUCAAACGUUCCAGCACCUGGGCUGUCGAGACUACUCCCUGCUGACUGCGGUGGGGAACACUGAAGCUCCUGGAAUGUCUGUCCGGAAGCUGACUGAAGUUAUCGUGACGGCGAUCUCGGUGUCUAUAUUGGUGACAAAUCCCGCUUGAAUUUCAUCAGUUAGCGAAAAGUUGCGCCGAAACGGACUGCUUGCGCUAUCAACGAAAAAGGAUUCAAGAGGUACUGGGACUUCUCAGUCCACAUGAAGUAAUCUUUAUUUCAAGAGAAAGGGUCGUUCUCUAGGCAGAAACUGGUGUGGUCAUGUGGACACCUCCUCAACAAAACCUCACGGAGCAGUUGCUGUUCACGCUGGAACGUGUUUAGUUCGCCUUGUUAAAGCAAUCCUCUUUUUUGCGCAUUGAUGAACCAGGGCGCUGGUACUGUGCUUCCCUAUGGUCUCUACAUUCUUAUGCAGCCUAAACAUCAACCCAGUUGCCUGUUCACCUUCCGAUGCAAAAAACAAAAUCUGUGCCACUGUCACAGGGUCGCAGGAAAAACCAUUCCACCCAUACUGUACUCCAUCGGCAUGCAUGUGCUGACACGCCCCGGGUUGGCAGGACGCGCGGCUGUCCUGCGGCUGGCCGACCUGCUGACGAGAUUGUUUUAUGCAAUACGGCGACGAUGAGUCACCAAUCCAACGACCGAGGCGACAGCAGCAGCAGCAGUAGCAGCGGGAACCGGGCCUUCUUUCUGCCGGAGACAUCGCCCUGUCGCCAAACGCCAACAGCUACAACCAGCACUUCCCACUGAAAGACGCUCCACACACACACGCACCUUGCGCUCAGUACAUACUGAGCGGACAGUGGGGGAAGAACAGAAUGCCUUCGAGGGCAGGUUGCGUGCCUGUGGACGCGUGCGUGUGUGCGAAAUCGCGUGGAUCUCCCAGGUUCGCAGCAGUGACACGGGCCUCAAUUCGGAGAUAGGGAAGCUGGCGGAAACUGGAAGAUGAACGCACUGGUGGUGGUGGUGGUGGUGGUGGUGGUGGUGGUGGUGGUGGUCAGUCUCUCAUCGCUGUCGUGUCUGGUUGCACUUUGUACCCAACCCGAUACAUUUGAUGUGUCACAAUGCACAUCCCUCUUUCUGCGAAUACUUCAGAUCAGAUACUUCGACCAUUUUGAAGGAAAUAUUUCUGGAGAGAUGAGGAGGACCUACUGAAUUGUGUAACAAAAGGUAGGAAAUGUGCGCUGGGAGGCCGGUGCAAAUCCUUAGACCGAGUAAGUUGUCUUGGCUUCAGGUGUAGUCGAAGCCGUUAGUUUUCCGCUAUCUUCAAUCAGGAAGAAGCUUCGACAAUGAAGCGCGUGUCCAUGAGGCAUCCAAUAAUACUGAAAAGCCGGCAAGGACGCAGUAUGCGACCCCACCCAGGAAACAAAAACCAGGUCAUCGUGCAAUACAGGUUUUAUGGGUGAGAAUAAACGGCUGAAAUGAGAGCGCGAUAGUAGAUAAACAUUCGGAUAAAUGCUGAAGUAGCAUAUUGCGUUCUCGUGCUAAAUCUCUCUACAAUCACUCGCAAAGUAGCCCACGUAAUAGGAACCCGAUUCCCGAGGAAUGAUGAGGGUAUCCGGAUAUAUGACAGUGUAAGCAAAAUUUGAGCAUUUUCUCUGUUCUUCCAGGUUGUUUUCCCAAAAGAAGUAGGUUACAUCCCAUCUACAGUGCGUGACCGAUCUCAUGAAACGUUGGUCAAAAUUCUGGAAUGCGUUUCCGAUUAGGAAGGAUUACUGAAGUGUGGUUUUUAUACUGAUUAUCACGCAGCAUAACCCUAUAAAAUUUCGGACUCGCCAGGAUGUCGGCUUUUGAAUGCACUUCUUUUUGACCCUCUGCAGAAACCACACUUGGUAAAAAUACUACUUAAGUAGCACGAAUUUUCCUACUGAUUUUCGAUAGUCUUAUAAAUUCAAUUAUAUUUUACAGAAAACAUGCAUAAAAAUACGCUUUCUUUUGCUCAUUUGGUAGGAAAUCACGUUGUCUUCAUAUUUUCUGCCCGAAGAAAGUGUGAAUUUAGGUUUUAAAAAAGUAUUUCAAUUCCUGAAUAAUUUUCAACAUGAUCUGUCAUUGCAUCAGCGUUUAGCAAUUUCAGUCUACAAGAUGCAUGCUUUCCGCGUAAGUAAAAUCAUAUAUUCCUCUAUGCCAUUAAGAAGAUACCACGUAGAGUUCAUGAAAUUUUGCAGAGGAUCCGGAUUGUGCUGUACACUUCAUGAGAAGCAUUAGUAAACGCAGAUGUGCGGUCUUGCAUGCAUUGACAUCGUACGGUCUUACAAAUCUCAUAAUCAGAAACUUAAGUAGUAUUUUUUUUACCGAGUGUGGUUUCUGCAGGAGGUCAAAAAGACGUGCAUUCAAAAGCCGACAUCCUGGCGAGUCCAAAAUGUUAUAGGGUUAUGCUGCAUGAUAAUCAGUAUAACAACCGCACUUAAGUAGUCCUUCCUAGUGGGAAACGCAUUCCAGAGUUUUGGCCAACAGUUCAUGAGAUAGGUCACGCACUGUAGUUACGAGAUCAUGGAAGCGUUAAUUAUGAAAGAAGGCUGGUACGCAACACACCCCGAUGAUCUGGUCUUUGUUUCCUUAGUGGGGUCACAUACUGAGUCCUUGCCAAACAGUCAAGAUGACGGGUAAUGUCGCAUGGCGCAGUGAUGUCUGAACGAUCACGCUUCUACGUACAUUCCACCAUCAUGCUUUGUGGGCUACCCUACUUCACCGAGACAGAAUUCUUCUGUGCAAACUGAUGUGCCGCACGUCUAAGUCUGAUGUUCAGGUGUCCUCACUCUUUAGAAUCGCGCGAAAUUGGUCAGGAGGCCAAAAUGCCAUCACAUGAACCUUCGCUCUCUAUAUAUAUGAGAAGAAGCAAUCAAUCUACGGGUAGUAUUUGGUCGAAGACGCUUGUACUCCUCCACCAGAACCUGUUUCGUCUACUUCAUCCCCAAAGAGCAAUAAUCUAAUCGGCCAUGUGCAGGAUCCAUCAACUGCGCUAUCCAUACACACCCAUCCAGGGGACUUGCUCGUAUGCUCCACCGACCUGAGAUCGAAGUUGUAUGGAAUGCCAUCUCGCUCGGACACGCCUUGGUUAACAGCGGCUCGGAAGAAGGGAGAGGAGAUAGGAAAAGCAGACCUCUUGCCUUCUUUAGUGCGCGGGACUGACGUGCCAAAUGACUAAUCUUCACUCGGAAGAGGGCUGAAGUUGACAGACUGUAACUGUGGAGUGCGCCUGCCUCGCGAAACCAGCACUGGUGACUGAGGACACACAUGUUUGGAUCGAAAAGCCAAUGGGCCGCUCUGCGCCUAUUCAUGCAUGAGUAGCUACAACAUAAAAUGCUGGGUGGCGAGUCAUUGCUGCACUUUGUUUCAAUGAUGGACUUAGGACCCAUCGGAUAUGCUCCGUCUCUGAACAAUCUAGGCUGUGUGUGGACGUGCGGAGUUUUGGGGUAUCCAUUUAGAGGGGUAAGCCGUGUAGGUGCGGUGGGUCGCAUUAUGCAGGUAGUGACUACUUCGCACAGUCCUUAACUGGCAUCAAAACCUCACAUGUGGCUCCCAGAAGCUAGGCUCGGCCUAACAGCCACAGACUAGUAACCACAUCCACCGGUGGUCUGAACCAAAUGAGGACAUUCGGUGUUGUGCCACCAGACCCGGUAAGUAUGCUCUCCUUCUCACUUUCAAAAAAUCUUACGGAGAGAACGGCACGCAAUCCAGGGGUCUAACCCAGGUUGCUCUCCCACUAAACCAAGCUGUGACCCAUAGUGGAGUUUGGCAGUCGUCUGGGAUGUAUCAGCAGCUCUACUUGGAGAUAACACUGUUACCCCUGGUGAGGAAGGGGAUAGAAAAGAUAUUCAAAACAAGUGCUAGGAUCAACGUCAUCCGCAUAUAGACCGUAGAUCGCAGAUGUGCAACUCAUGGUCGAAGCAAUCAAAAGAACAAUAACCCACGUCUCCAUCAACCCAACAAGCUGGCUGAGUGACCUUACUCUAGCAACUAUGAACGUUCGCUCUCUCUUAGACAACCCACGAAACAAGCGGCCGGAAAUGAGGACGGCGCUAUUCGCUCGAGAGCUGGUGCUCUACAAGGUGAACAUCGUUGUCCUCAUCGAGACCCGCUUCCAUGAACAAGAUCAAUUGGAGAAGGUGGGUGCCAGCUACACCAUCUUCUGUAGCGGUCGCCCAAAGGCAGAACGACGCAACGCGGUGCACCUUUGCCAUCUGGAACGACAUCGUUAGAAGACUGCCCUGUCCACCACAGGGUAUCAACGACCACCUCAUAGCCCUGAGCUUGCCUCCUUUAGGAGCCAGUUUCUCCACCUUCGUCAGCGUUUACGGGUCGUCACUGUUAAAGUCAAAAGAACAGCUCGCAAUUCUCAAGCUUUUCCGACCUACAACGCAAACAACAGAUUCCUUUCAAGAUGCCCACUCUGCCAGUGAGCAUUCUGCUCACGGAUCGGCCUCAUCGGAGUUCUCCAGACCCAAUGAAAUAACAAACCAACAACACCUCCUGCUUCAGAAAACAGCCCUAUCGUCAUCUCUGCACCAACCCCACGACAUGCACGACGACGGCGACCACCACCACCAUUGA